AUGACCGAGACUGACCCCAAGACUGUGCAGAAUCUCACCUCAGUGGUGCAGACACUCCUGCAACAAAUGCAACAUAAAUUUCAGACCAUGUCCGACCAGAUCAUUGGAAGAAUUGAUGAUAUGAGUAGUCACAUUGAUGACCUGGUAAAAAACAUUGCAGACCUCAUGACCCAGGCCAGGGUGGAAGAACUGGAAGGGGAAAACAAGAUGCUUGCUACACAGAAGAGUUGAAGGUUGCUAAUUUACACUGAAAUCCAGAACAUUGGUUUUACAAGCCAGGAGAAGACCA